ACAAUAUUAACGUGUAUUGUUGACCUUGAACUUGUCGAAUUCGGCGCAACACAAAAUUUCGUCCGCUCAAAGCCCGUUCGGAACGAUGGAGGGAUUCAGCCCCUUUUCGCAGGCCAUCAGCGCUGGCACCUGCCGGCACAAUCAACGCACCCAGGCGCAGCGCAAAAUCUAUCCCAGGUGCAGCAUUGACCAGAUGCCAAACGAUAUUACGCUGCGCAUUCUACGGUUCCUGCCGCGGUACGCGAUCCUUUCGGCGACCUUGGUGUGCCGUCGGUGGAACGUUCUGAUUAGUGAAAGCGAGCUGUUGGAUGGUUUGACGUUGAGGAUCGACAGCGACGAACCGGACGAGCUGUCGCUUGAGUUUGGGUACUAUUUGAACAGAUCGAUAAGGAAUUACCGGAAGAUGGAACUGUUUGUGCGUGACCAGCACAUGUUCCUGGUGGCGGUCAUGGCCUUGCGGAAGUUUGGCAGUCACUUAGAAGAGCUGCGCGUGACGUUGGAUCUGCGCAGUCAGUCGUCUUAUUUUCUGCGGCACUUUGAACGAAUGAAGGAGCUGGAGAUGGGCUUUGAGGAGUACGAUCAGAUGUUGUGGGAACAGGAAGUGGACAGCUACGAUCGAUGUUUGAGGCCGAUUGCGUUGCCUCCGGAGGAGGAGGUCAUUAUCAGACCGCCUGAUAUUGAAGAAAUGCUGGUGCGGGACUUUCGUCGCGUUGAGGAGGUUUUUCUGAGUCUUGUUUAUCGGUACUGCUUCCGGUUGAAGAGCUUGCUGGUUCGUCGAUUGCGGUUGGGGCUCAACAGCAAAGCCAACGUGUUUCUUUACGAGGGAACCGAAAUGGAGCGAUUGACCGAGCUCGGAAUCUACGGAACGGGUUUUAUAAUUCUUGCUGAUGCACCGAACCUGCGUCGACUAACAAUCCACGGCGUGACCAGUGGCCUUCCGUUCUACAGCGGCUUCCGGCACGCCUUUCCUAAGUUGACUCACCUGGAAAUCGUCGACGAUCCGGCUUUCAGCUAUACUUGUCUGUGGCAGCUCUCGAAACGCUGCUACAAUUUGAUGGAGUUGACGCUCUGCAUCACGAGCGGCCAACUCACGAAGCUGGCCUUCCACUACCUUGGCCGACUGAAGCACCUGCGCAGGCUGUCCGUUACGAUGCAGAACCCGUACGACUCGGGCCAUUACAUCUUCGAGGACUGGCCAGAAAUGACCAUCGAGCGGUUGUUCAUCUCUACGUUUGAGCUUCGAGUGGACAACAUCUACGAGAUGCUGGCGCGCAACCGCAAUCUGACGGAUUUUGAGACACAAACGGUGCGCCGAAUUCCGUACUCGGUUAUCGCGAACUUGCAGCAGUUUCGACCGGGCUGUCGGUUGACCUGUCUGCAGGUCGCAUACUAAGGAAGACAGGUAAAGUGUAGCUUUCGACGGAGGCUAUAUCAUAAAAAGUGCUUAUUUUAUAUGAUUUUUGAUCGUUGACCGAUUUUGAUUUAUAUUUGAAGGUUCCUCAAUGGGUAGGAAAAUGAUAGGGAAAAAGUGACGACACUGUUGAAUUCAGUUGAUUUAGUUUUGUUUUUUUUCAGAGA